CACCCCCCGAAUCACGCAGCAUGGCUUCGGUUUGUUUGCAGCGCCCCCAACCGACGUAUGCCGCACCAGCACAAGCGGCAAGAACGCUUUACGAUUCAACCAAUAGCGCAGGCGGACGGACGCGGCCACAGGCUGCACAGCAACGACCAUUCCUCCAAGCACAGAAUCCGUACGCAAUUCCGCGGAAACCAGCAGCGGCGGCGGCGGCAGCAGUAGUAGUAGCACGAGGAGUAGGCGCAGCUGUGUCGGCAGAAACUCCACUUGAUUCGGAAUCUGGCCCACCCGGCAAGGACGGGGAUGCUUGCGACAAGCUGAAAAAGCGCAAGCGGAAUAGUACUGGGUCAUCACGCGGAGCUCCCGAGGCGGACGGCGAGCGGUGCAGCAUAUGUCUCGACCCAUGGACAUCGAAAGGCAAACACAGGAUUUGCACCCUACUCUGCGGACACCUGUUCGGGCAGUCAUGCAUCGAGAGGUGGCUGAAGGAGAGGCGAAGCUGCCCCCAGUGCGGCGCCAAGGUGGGGGCAAAGGGCACCAACAGAAUCAUCCCGCUCUUCCUCCAAAACCUGGUCGCACAGGACACGGGGGAGCUGGAAACCGCGCGGACACUUCUCGAAGAGGAGAAACGCCUCCGUAAACAGUGCGAGGCGGAGAGGGUACGGGUGUCCAUCGAAAACGCUAGCCUGAAGGACCGGCUCUCGCGACUAAAUCAGGGCGGUGCCGGCGUCGUCUCAUCCAGUGUCGCGCGAAGCCAAGAAAGCGUUUCUACUCCGGGGUGCCCUAAGCCAAUACGGACCUUGAGCCAAUUCGCUACUCCUGGGCGUGCAGGACCCGGGGUGUCCUCGGUUGCGUACAGCAGCAGCGUCGAUAUUGGCAGUAGCAGUUUUAUGACACCCUGCCCCAAAAUAAGCCAUCCGGGCCCCGCCGCGGCCUACUCGCGAUUCAAGACUCCUCCGCCGCGACGACCGAUCGGUAACUUGGAUGUUGGCGCCGGCGGAGGCAGCGGCGGUCGGGGCUUGGCUGCUACGGAAAGCGGGAGCGAGGGGGCGGCGGCAGGCAGCACUGUCGCCGUACGAUUCGAGCAGCUGCUCUCGCGGGAUGUGCUCUCGGGGAGGGUGGCCGCGUUCGCUGGGGGAGCGGCUGGCGCGCUGGUAGUCUCGCAAGAGUUGGGCAUCGCGGGUGGGUCCCGGGGUUCGUUGCGGCAUGGAGUCACGAAGUUUAGCCUUGCGGAUCUCCGUCACAACAAGAGCAUCCAUCUGCACCGAGAGCAGUUGAGAGAUGUCAAGUUCUCCGCAGACGGUGGGAGCGUCGGGUAUAUCCUCAGCACUUCCUUCGACAAGACCUUAAAGGUGUGUGAUCUCCGGACGGAUAGCGUUGUGGUGCAGUAUGAGCUGGAGGGGAGCGGAUGGUCUUGCCAGUGGAGCUCCACAACCCCAACCCAGAUGUUCUGUGGUGUUGUGGAUGGGACUAGGACUUCAGCGGUUCAGCUGUUCGACCUUCGCUCUACAGCGGGCGCCGUUCGCAAGCUUCGCGCCGCGGCAAGCCAGAGGCAGCCCAUCCAUAGCAUUUGCCACACCGCCGACGAUGUUCUAUGUUGUGCCACCAUGGGAGGCGUUUGGGCGUGGGGUGGUGGUACGAAGGAAGGCGGGGGGAGUGAGGCCUGGGAUCCGGAGGAGCUGGCGGCGGAAAAGCUCCAAAUUCAGGCUGGGGCGUGCUGCUCUCUCUCCCAGAGCCACGGUACGGCAGCGUCAAGCAGCAGCGACGUCGACCAGCAACCCUUCCUAGUCUCUACGCGGGGUUCGUCAGCAAGCCAUGCCGUCUUUAGGCUAGCGUCGGCGUCCGCUUCCUCUCGGCAAGCAGCCACUGCCGCCGGAGUCAGAGAAAAUCCUACAGCUGAGAGUCACAAAGACCAGGAGGUGGCUGUCGAAGGACGGCGAGAUGCGGGAGGUUACGUGGCGAUGGAGGAGGAUCAGAGCGAGAGGUUUGAGUGCGAGCAUGCGACGGAGCGACAACCUUCGUCGUUUGGUUUCGGCUCGUCGUUGGCGCGACUGUCAGCGAUGGUCGCACGCCGGUCGUGGGCGGACAGGUGGACGCGAUCCCCCCGCGUCGCGCAGGGGCACCAAAGUCAGCACACGCUUUCGAGGUCGCUGCUGUGGGAUCCGUCCCCAGGGGAUGGCCUACUCAUCGCUGGUGGAGACGAACGUACGAAACAGCCCUGGAUGUGGGACGCGUUGACUGGAGACGUGUGCAAUCGCCUCGCUUCUCACCGCAGUCCCGUGUUAGACUUUGCUUGUCUCCAGGACUAUUCGUCCGGAAAAGGCCUGCUGUCUGCCGUUAGUCAGAGCGAGAUCAAAGUGUACCAGACCUGUGCACGAUAGAUGGUAAGGCAACGAUCGAUGUCGCAUCUUUCGUUCCCCGUGUUUGUGCAGCAGCAGUACACACAGGAGUAUCAACCUUGAGGUGACCCUGGAAGUUUUCCUGUCCCAGGAAGAGUGGCGCUUGGUGUUCGGGUAGAGUUCAGGGUCGGACGGAGUUGUGGGGGUAUUGGGACGCUAUGUUCGGAGCUCUGCCAUCGAGCUAAUAGUUUGUUGUUGCUGACUAAGCAUUUCAACGCGCUUGCUGGUCUCCGAAAGGUACCGUUACGCUUGUUGACGGUUCCACAACCAGCUUUGCCAAUCUGCAAUUGGGGAAUAUUCCCGCCCUCCCGACCAAAAUUGUCACCGAUGUCCAUGUUUUCCACUGGGAGCGCCCGUUCGAAAGAGUGCACUCGUAGACCUCGACUGCAAGAUACCCCUCUCGUUCCUGUCCCCAGAAGUUUCCAAAAGUAUGCCGCGUAGUGGGUGCGGGGACUGCGCGUGUGUAUACAUGUGCGUUUUCGUCGCAUUUAGUCUGGGCGCCAGUAUACGCCUUACGGUACGCAUGCAUUGGACUCGCCAGCAGGGGUAACGCAGGAAGGUAACACCCUGGACCUUCUCUUGCAUAUUCUACUCCCCACAAAUCUCGGUGUAGGCCUCCGAUUUCAAACGCGGAAAGGGUGCAGCAGUUCGUUUGCCAUGCGUUGUUUCCUCGCAGCUACGGGAUCUCCA